AUGCACAGUAGAAAUUACCUCCAGCCAAGUCCAUCAGAUCCAUCAAUACUCAGACACCAAAGACUUCAUCCGUUGGAGUCCAUUUGGGAAGGUACAAUACAGGAAGAGGUGUUAACCUGUAGAAGACAUGUAGAUGUUCUUCACUUGGAUGCCCCUCCAGAAUUGAUUGUCCCUCAUUUGAAAAAAAGUGGUUUUAUUAGAGUAUCUCGAAUCAGAUUUUUUGCAUUAGAUUGGCACCUGAUAUCAGCUCUAGUUGAAAGGUGGAAGCCUGAGACGCACAUGUUUAUGUUGCCGAUAGGAGAGUGCACUAUCACUCUAGAAGAUAUCGACAUAAUGACUGGAUUGCCUAUAGAUGAUAUGGGACAGGCUGGGCAAUAUAGUUGGGGUUUAGCAUGCCUUACAUAUCUAUAUAGGGAGCUUUGCCAUGGUGCAGAUCCUGAAACUAAAGAGAUAUCUGGUGCCAUUUUCAUCUUACGAAUUUGGGCAUGGGAGAGAAUUAAGUCAGUUGCUCCAUCAUUACCAGAUCCAGCACUGCAUGAUAAUGCUCUAUUGGGUAGUAGGUGGAGCAAUAUGCGAUAG